CGAUUGUUAAUCGGUAGGGCAUCGGUAAACUAUAUUUUCGUUCUACUGCUGGUGUAUAUGGAAACCUAAUAGCAUGCUCCGAGAGAGACUCCAUUGUAGAUAGCAACGUUUCGGACGAGAUCACAUCAUCUGAAAACCCAUUCACUCUGAUCAACCAGGACAAGGCUUUUACGCUCUGAUGGCUGAGAACAACUUCCCCCCUCUGCCCGGGUUCAUCCCCAUGAAGCCCUGCUUCUACCAGAACUUCGAUGAGAUCCCGGAGCAGCACCGCAGCACAUGCAAGAAGCUCUACCACCUCUGGAUAUUUCAUUGUGCUACGUUGGCGGUGAACUUUGUGGGCUGUCUGGCGUGGAUGUUUGGCGGAGGUGGCGUGACCAACUUUGGCAUGUCCAUCAUGUGGCUGAUCCUCUUCACACCCUGCUCCUACGUGUGCUGGUUCAGACCCAUCUACAAGGCCUUCAUGACUGACAGCUCCUUCUACUUCAUGGCGUUCUUCUUUGUCUUUAUGGCUCAAGUAUUCAUCAGCAUCAUCCAGGCUAUUGGAAUCCCAGGCUGGGGAGUAUGUGGCUGGUUGGGUACCAUCUCCUUCUUUGGCACCAGCAUCUUCUGCUCCAUCAUCAUGCUCAUCCCCACUCUCAUGUUCACUGCCACGGCAACGCUAUCCUUCAUCGCCCUCACCAAGGUGCAUAACUACUACCGAGGCAGUGGGGCUAGCAUGUCCAAGGCCCAGGAGGAGUGGACCACGGGGGCCUGGAAGAGCCCCAUAGUGCAGGACGCAGCGCAGCAGGCCGCGAUGGGGGCCAUGGCCGGGGGCAUGCAGGGGGCAGGGCAGCAGCAGCCCCAGUACACCGCCCCACCACCCAGCUACGACUACGACAACCAGGUGUAG